AUGGAGCAUUCACUUCCCUCCCACCACCGCGCCCUUGUACUUGACGACCGACGAUCUGGCUUCGAACUCAAAACGAUCCCAACUCCAUCACCGGAUCCCGGUAGUGCUGUCGUUCAGAUCUCUGCGGCAGGAAUAUUACCUUAUCACCACCAAGUCUUGCGCCAUUAUCCGAUUCCAACACCAUUAGUGGGUGGUUUUAGUGCUAUCGGUCGUGUCGUGGCCACUGGACCAGACGCGGUAGCAUUGCAACCAGGAACAUUUGUCUAUGUCGACUGCGUCAUACGAGCACGGGAUGACCCGGAUUCCCUCUUCCUGUCUGCGAUUAUUGAAGGGUUCACUGAUGGCAGUAAAAAGUUAAUGCGGGAUGUCUGGCGCAAUGGAACAUUUGCAGAAUAUUCCAAGGUUCCAUUGGAAAAUUGUAUUCCGUUGAAUGAGGCUCGGUUGAAUACUGAAUUGGGCUAUUCGAUUCCGAGUCUGAUGUAUAUGGCUUUCUUGAUGGUCCCUUACGGCGGGCUCAGAGACAUCAACGUUCAGCCUGGGGAAACAAUCAUUGUGUGUCCAGCGACAGGAGGAUACAGUAGUGCAGGUGUUCUAGUAGCCGUGGCGAUGGGGGCGCGGGUCAUUGCUAUGGCACGCAACACCGAAAAACUGGCAUUGUUAGUAGAGCAUGUUAAGCGGGUACUACCAAAUGCAAGUAUUGCGACAGCGCAGAUCACAGGCGACGAAGCAAAAGAUGCAACCACGCUGCGUGAGUUUGGGCCCGCUGAUGCCGUAUUGGAUCUGACGCCGCACGCUGCAUCGUCUUCAAGCCACACCAGGAGUGCUAUAAAGGCGCUUCGUCGUGGUGGGAGAGUCAGUCUGAUGGGUUCCACCGAAGGGAUUGGAGCACCAGAGAUCAUGAUGAACGAUAUCACACUGAAAGGGAAAAUGAUGUAUGACAGACUGGACAUUCUGUCAUUCGUCAAAAUGCUAGAGUGUGGUUUGUUUCCCCAAGGCGAAAAUUUUGCCAAAACGGCUGUCUUUAGUCUCGAGCAAUGGAAAGAGGGCCUUGAUGCGGCCGAGAACCGUUCUGGAAUUGGUCAGUGUACGGUGUUUGUCCCGUAGAGACUGGGGAUGGAUACUAGAG